CACGACUCUGUUUUAGUUUGUAAACAAACCUACCUUUACAAUACUUUAUUUUUUCACCUGCAAAAACCAACUGUCUCUCAUAGCAAGUCAGCUCGUGAACACAAUGCCUUUGCAUGAUAAAUGGAAACUGCCACUAAAAACAAAGUUAUAUGUAUAUAUCAGCCACUUUCUUUCUGCAUGGGGCGACCGAAUGUGGUCGUUUGGUGUUGGGUUAUUUCUAGUACGACUUAGUCCAGGAUCACUACGACUUGUAGCAAUCUAUGGGUUUUCCAAAGGAGCAUCUGUGCUCCUGUUUGCUGCAAUAAUUGGAGACUGGAUUGAUAAUACGCCCAGACUUAGGGCUGCAAGACUUUCAUUAGUUCUACAGAAUGUUUUAGUAGCAUUAUGUGCAGUUAUUGUUUUUGUUGUGGUGUGGUAUCAUGAAACUUUACGAACAUUAUGGCCCGACGAAGGUGCAUUGACACUCUUUCAUGCACUCAUUAUAGUGGUAGCCAUUCUUGGCGAUCUUGCUAGCAUUGCGCGGUCAAUAUCGGUGGAGAGGGAUUGGAUCGUGGAAAUAUGUGGGAGAGAUAAAGAUCUAUUAGCUACAAUGACCUCCAGAAUGAGAGCAAUUGAUUUAACCACCGCCAUUUUAUCACCUGUAGCUACUGGACAGAUAGUUUAUUUUAUUGCUUUACAAUAUGCGGCAGUUUUUAUAGCGGGCUGGAAUCUGGUUUCUGUCUUCAUUGAGUACUUUCUAAUUUGGAAGGUGUACAUGGAAGUGCCUGCACUGAAAUGUAAAAUGUUCAAAACGAGAAAAGACAAAGUAGAAACAGAAAUGCUGUUUACGGAUGAAGGCAUUCAACUCGAUGACAAAGAUCAGCAAGAAAAUAUAUCACAAGCAUCAAAUAUAGCACAGGAAGAGACAGAGAAAUGUACCAGAUCAUCAUCAGACGAAGACGACACAACAAAGGAAGAUAAAUCUGUAGAGAAAGACGCAUGUGAUCAAUGCCUAUAUAAGAUGUUUAAGAGCUUUAUUUUGCUAUUCAGAGGAUGGAAAACAUACAUGAAGUAUGACGUUGCUUUCGCUGGUUUGGGAUUAGCAUGUUUAUAUAUGACCGUGAUAGGUUUUGAUAGUAUUACUGUUGGAUAUGCGUAUGCCCAAGGAAUAUCUGAAUCUCUUCUUGGUGUCAUGAUGGCUGCUGGAUCUAUAUUUGGCAUAGCGGGCACAUUUGCCUAUCCAAGGAUCCAGAAAAGAAUAGGCUUGGAACGAACAGGACUGUUUGGGCUUGGAUUUGAAAUAUUUAGCCUUUGUUUCUGCGUAGCAUCCGUAUUUACUCCUGGUAGCCCAUUUGAUCUCUUGUACAGAACAAGAGAAAAUGACAGUUCUAAUAUUAUUGUUGUUUCUUCAGUACUUGGAAUCGAUAACAAAACUAUCAAUAGUAAUUUGACAGUUAAUGAAACUAUGCCAACUUAUAUCACUAGUAAUGUAACUAUGCCACCUAGUCAGGAAGCAAGUGAUCAAACAUCAUAUAUAUCCAUUGGUUUAUUUCUUGGUGGGCUGAUAACUGCAAGAUUUGGACUAUGGAUUGCUGAUUUAACGAUCACACAGAUGUUCUUACAAGCGGUUGUUGAGACUGAGCGAGGAAUUAUCAGUGGUAUCCAGCGUUCUUUGAAUCAACUCAUGGACAUGCUUAAAUUCCUAAUGGUCAUUCUUGCACCGUACCCACAGGAAUUUGGGCUCUUAGUUCUGAUAUCUUUUGUCUUCGUUUGUUUGGGCUGGAUAUUUUAUGCAAGAUAUUCGUAUUCAGUCCGGGGACAUUUAUUUCAUUUUGACAAAUUAUGUCCAGAUAAACAAAACAAUAAUAUCGUCGCUGAAACAGGUGAUGAUAACAGUGGCAAUGAAGAAAUAAACAACCGACCAAUCGAGACACAUACUUCAUAGGUUACAACAAAUACAGAUCGUAUUUACAUGUUUAAUUGAACUUAUGAGUGAUGAAGGAGGCUUUAGAAAAUAAUAAGAAUCUCCUUUAGGGUGCAUGUCUUGAUCUAUAAUAUUAGAAUCACUUUUCAGGUGCGCAUAUUGAUCUCUUGAUUUGACCCUAGUCAUAUUAUUCCCUCCCGGUAAAACCA